CCUUUUUUCUCUCUCUUUCUGAGAGGUUGUAUGACAGCUUUUCCUGCUGCUGGCAGAGAGUGGAGACCGUGAGGGAGAGGGAAAGUCUGUUAUUCAGAGCAAGCUACCACCUCUUCCCUAUAGGUUUCUCUACACGCUCCAGGACUGGAGAACAGCAGUAGUCACACACAAGGAACGAGCAAGAUUGACAAAGUCAGGAUUGCUUGUUGUGUUGAUUUUGUCAACCUGGAUGCGAGAAGUGGACUGUUUUGACUGAGGCUAGCAUUGAGCCUUACCUUAUCUUGACAGGAAUGAACUUUCCUAAGAGGACACUUUGACAGUACUACUUACUUGGGCGGCCAAAUGAACUGUUCGGCCUGAGGAGCGAAGGGCACGGGCGUAGAUCCAGAGAGACAGAGAGAGAGGGUAGCUCAAUCAUUCAGCAAACCUCUCCACUUCCAUCAUGAGCUGGGACUGAAUAGUUACCACUACAGCUUCAUUCUAUGGUGUAAGCAAAGGCUACUGGACAUAUCGUCAGCAUGGACGCAAAGAGGAAAGAGAUGGACCUCCUGAGCAACAGCAUAGCUGCCUAUGCACACAUCAAAGAGAACCCAGAGAGCUUUGGGCUGUACUUUGUGAUUGGGGUUUGUUUUGGCCUGGUCCUCACCCUCUGCCUCCUGGUCAUUCGGAUCUCCUGCAAGCCCCGCACCAACAUCCCGGCCUCCACGCCCGAGAAGAAACACCUGAAGGACUUCAGUGAGGACGAAUGUGAUGAAGAUAGCGAGGAUGAGGAUGAGGAAGAGGAGGGUGACGUUGAAGCACCUGCCCCCAUGCCCACCACAGAGAUUCCCAUUGGCAACCACCACAACCACAGCCAAUCGGACGGGACACUGAGCGUUAACGUGUUCACGUCGGCCGAGGAGCUAGAGCGGGCACAGCGAUUGGAGGAGAGGGAGCGAAUCAUACGGGAGAUCUGGAGGAAUGGGCAGCCUGAUAUCCUGGGUUCAGGAACAGGCACUAUAGGUCGGGUGCACUACUACUAACGUCCAGUACUACUGGGCCACUGAAUGGACAUACUAUAUAGAACUAUGGUGCUAUGGAAUCAGGGGGUACACUGUGGUCCACACCCGCCAAAGACAGAUUCCCAUGAGGGGUGUCACUCAUGCUGUUGUAUACAGACAGGUCACAAGUGGCGUGCUACUUCGAUCUGGGGUGUAUUCAGUGAUGUGAAAUCUUAUGAAUGUUGCAGAUAGAAAUAUAAUGAAUAGAGCUGACAAAAUUCACUAUUCUACCUGAAAGACAAACAUAUCUGUUCUGCACGAUAAGUUUCUAUCUGAACAUUCUGUAACAUGACAUCCCUCUGAACAGGCCCUUGAAGUGUGAGUCUUGACUCUAACACUAUGUGAUAGUGGUGUGCUGUGUGAAUGUAUUUCCCCCAUCAACAUUUGUCACCUACUACCACUGCCAUAAUACCACAAGGCACCUUUGAGACCAGUUCUGCUGCUUUGUGAUUUAGGCAUGUGAAUGGGAACGUUUAUCAUAAUUGGAGUCUACAGUGUAGAGAGAUGCCUGAAUAAAGUAUUGCCCUUAGAAAAACACAAAGGGAGUAAGGAAGGACCUAUACAGACAUUGACAAAUAGCCAGAGAUACUGUAGGGAGUAGGGACCAAGUAUUUUGCAAUGAGAGGUCACUUUCUUUUGUUUGCUAUGGGGCCAUGUUUCCCUCAACACUGGUGAGUUUACAGCGGGACAGUGCCGUGAGCUGUUUGUCAUUAUAUUAGGAAAUUAUCCUCAAUGCUUUAGAGUGGUCUUGGAACCUUCUGUGAGAAAAUAGCUUUGCCUAAGUAAGAAAAUAGAAAUAGAUUCGGUGAGACCAUUUUUCACCUGAUGUCAAGUCAUUUUGGAAUUGGACUGCUCAAUUUGCUCAGUUUAAGAACACAGUUUUAGGCUGUUUUCAGAACCAAUUACACUAGGGGAAAUUAAGUAAUUAAAGUGUGAAACUCAAAAGGCCUUGUGGUUGUUUCUGUUACACUUAAUGUCUUUCAGACAAACAAUGCUCUUUCUUAAAAUGUUCCUAGACUAUGUAUUUUGGAUAUACUGUACAAUAUAAAGAUUGUCUAGGGCUGAAAUUGAACAACUGAAAAACCUCAGUUGAACCAUUUAAUUACAAUGGAUUGUAAGGUCACUCAUAGUGAAUUGUUAUUCUUAAUCAAUUGCUCCCAUGUGUGCCUUGAAAUGUUAAAUAGAUAUGAUUUUUAUAGUACAAUACCUUGAAAACUUGUUUACUAAAUGUUUUGGCAAAACCCAGUGGUCUAUCUAAAUGAAAUAAAGUCUUAUUUUAUUGUUGGAAAUAAAACACAGCACAAAAGGA